ACUUUUCGAACUUCGAGCGACAACUUUGCUCGCGCAGCUGCUCAGUCGGUUUUAGUUCUGUUGGAGUGAAGCAGCAACGUUCGCAAGUUGAACGUCGAUACAGAAAAUUGUAGAGUCGAAAAUAAACCAAAAUGUCCAACUUGAAGCGUUUCGAUGACGAGGAGCAAGAGUCCAAAUAUGGACGCGUCUUCGCUGUCUCUGGACCUGUCGUCACAGCGGAGUGCAUGUCUGGCUCUGCUAUGUACGAGCUGGUGCGUGUAGGCUACUAUGAGCUGGUGGGUGAGAUCAUUCGUCUGGAGGGUGACAUGGCCACCAUUCAGGUGUACGAAGAAACAUCCGGCGUUACAGUCGGUGAUCCCGUGCUCCGCACUGGCAAACCUCUUUCCGUUGAAUUGGGUCCCGGUAUUAUGGGCAGCAUUUUUGACGGUAUCCAACGUCCACUGAAGGACAUCAACGAGCUCACCGAAUCCAUCUAUAUACCCAAGGGUGUGAACGUGCCUAGCUUGUCCCGCGUGGCUAGCUGGGAAUUCAACCCCUUGAACGUGAAGGUCGGCUCCCACAUCACCGGAGGUGAUCUCUAUGGUCUGGUUCACGAGAACACACUGGUCAAGCACAAGAUGAUUGUCAACCCACGCGCCAAGGGUACCGUGCGCUACAUUGCGCCAUCCGGCAACUACAAAGUCGAUGAUGUUGUUCUGGAAACCGAAUUCGAUGGUGAAAUCACCAAGCACACUAUGUUGCAAGUGUGGCCCGUGCGUCAGCCCCGUCCCGUCACCGAGAAGCUGCCCGCCAACCAUCCCCUGUUGACCGGCCAGCGUGUGCUCGACUCGCUCUUCCCCUGCGUCCAAGGCGGUACCACAGCCAUUCCCGGUGCUUUCGGUUGCGGCAAGACUGUGAUCUCACAGGCUCUGUCCAAGUACUCCAACUCCGAUGUCAUCAUCUACGUCGGUUGCGGUGAGCGUGGUAACGAGAUGUCUGAGGUAUUGCGUGAUUUCCCCGAGCUGUCUGUUGAAAUCGACGGUGUCACCGAGUCCAUCAUGAAGCGUACCGCUCUUGUGGCCAACACCUCCAACAUGCCUGUCGCUGCUCGUGAAGCUUCUAUCUAUACUGGUAUCACUCUAUCCGAAUACUUCCGUGAUAUGGGUUACAACGUGUCCAUGAUGGCUGACUCCACCUCUCGUUGGGCUGAGGCUCUGCGUGAGAUCUCUGGUCGUCUGGCUGAAAUGCCUGCCGAUUCCGGUUACCCCGCAUAUUUGGGUGCCCGUCUCGCCUCCUUCUACGAACGUGCCGGUCGUGUCAAGUGCUUGGGUAAUCCCGAACGUGAGGGCUCCGUGUCCAUUGUCGGCGCUGUCUCGCCACCUGGUGGUGAUUUCUCCGAUCCCGUUACCUCCGCCACUCUGGGUAUCGUACAGGUGUUCUGGGGUCUCGACAAGAAGCUGGCCCAGCGCAAACAUUUCCCCUCCAUCAACUGGCUCAUUUCGUACUCGAAAUACAUGCGUGCCCUGGAUGACUUCUAUGACAAGAACUUCCCCGAGUUCGUGCCACUACGUACCAAGGUCAAGGAGAUUCUGCAGGAGGAGGAGGAUCUCUCUGAAAUCGUGCAGCUGGUCGGCAAAGCAUCGCUGGCCGAGACCGACAAGAUCACCCUGGAAGUGGCCAAGCUGCUGAAGGACGAUUUCUUGCAACAGAACUCCUACUCGUCAUACGAUCGCUUCUGCCCCUUCUACAAGACCGUUGGCAUGCUGAAGAACAUCAUCGACUUCUACGAUAUGGCUCGUCACUCUGUGGAGUCGACAGCCCAGUCUGAGAACAAGAUCACCUGGAACGUUAUUCGCGAGGCUAUGGGCAACAUUAUGUACCAAUUGUCAUCGAUGAAAUUCAAGGAUCCCGUCAAGGAUGGUGAGGCCAAGAUCAAGGCUGACUUCGAUCAGCUGCAUGAGGACUUGCAGCAGGCCUUCAGGAAUCUGGAGGAUUAAAGCGCGUUGUCCGUACUUUUACAAAUCUAAUCUAAUAUUGUUAUGUUAGUUAACUUUUAAAAAAACAAUUUGCGUACAGUCCGUACCGAAGUACCGUCAAAAAACAACUAUUCCGUGCAACAACAAAAGAUUCCAAACGUCCAAAAAAAAAAAAAAACAACUAUUGUUAACAUUCCUUUUUGUUAAAAAAAAAAACCCAAGAACAACAACAAAACAAAUAUAGCCAGCAAGAUGAAAACAUUCCGGCCUGCGGUUGCUUCUUCUUACCCCGCCUCUCGGCCCUCAACAACAACAGCAACAACAACUAACUAACGUCCU